AAUCUCAAGUUUCGUCACUGCACACGUACUGAGUAUAUAUAUUUUAAAGAACGCAACUGGUGAGAUUCUUUGUAGUUUUAUAUUAUCUCGUAUACUAGGCGCAUAUUGUGUCUUCGUGGAAUAUAUACGUGGGCUGCGAUAAGCAUGCAAAUCGCUGUCGUAAUACUUAAGGAUUCUUUUGUCAUACACGACAAAAGACGUUUCCUUUUAUAAUCUUCUUCAAUUUUCUUAACAAUUGCCUCACGAAAAGUAUUUCAAGUAACAUUGCCGACAGUUAAGAAUUUUAUUAUAAUCUACCUUGCAGUUGAUAUGAUGACAUCAGGUAUGAAAUCCAUGUUGCUUGCAUUUUUAAUUAUUACGACGUUCUCAGAAGAAAGAUCGCAGGGCAUACCAUUGUUUCUUCAAAACGAAUUUCUAAAUUUUCUCUUCCCUAAGGACCCUGGUUUAGUGAGAGUAAGAAAAAUAGAUCAAGUUGAAAGAAUGGACAGUGGAAAAGUAUUGGAUUUUAUUGGCCUGGUAGAACAAUAUGAUUAUCCCGCUGAGGAGCAUAACGUGACAACGGAGGAUGGUUACAAUUUGAAAAUACACAGGAUACCUGGUAGUCCAUUGUUGGAUAACAAGAAAAAGAAGGAAAUUGUAUUCAUACAACAUGGCAUUUUGGCUUCAUCUGAUAGUUGGGUACUGUACGGUCCUGGUAAAGACCUUGCAUUUUUACUGGCAGAUCAAGGAUAUGAUGUAUGGAUUGGAAAUGUGAGAGGAAAUAGUUACUGCAGAUCACACGUAAAUAUGACGACAUACGAUCCCAAAUUCUGGCAGUAUAGCUUUCACGAGAUUGGAACAAAAGAUCUGCCGGCCAUGUUCGAUUACAUUUUCAAUUAUACAAAGCAAAAAGAUUUAUACUAUAUCGGUCAUUCAAUGGGGGGUACUGCGUUAUUCACUUUUCUGUCAUCAAGACCGGAAUACAACAUGAAAAUAAAAAUGGCUAUUUGUCUAGCUCCAGCUUCUUUUUGGAUGAAAGUAUCACCCACACUUAAUGAAUUAAUUACCAUACUUCCAACAAUAAAGGAAAUUCUACGAGAGCGUGAAACGUAUGAUGUUUUUCCACAAUCCUUAGCGACUGUUACGGUAGCAAGAACGUUGUGUAAUGACAAUGCGAUGACUCAAAUUAUUUGCGUCACUGUAUUAUUCUUAAUCGCUGGUCCUGAUCCAGCACAACUUAACACCGUAAGUUUCAUCAUACAUAACAUAUAAAAGACACGUAAUACAAUGUUUAUAAUAAAAUUCCGACAUCGUGAUGUUUUAAGUAUUAAUUAUAAACAAACGGAAUAUAUGAGCGACAAUUUUCUUUCUGAGGGUCUUCCUAUUCCAACCCAAGUGG